UGUUUUGUGUGGAUUUUUCUGAGGACUGUGUGUCGUGCUGAAUCAGAAUCUGUUUUCAUCAGCAAUAUAAAUUUUGGAUCUGUGAAUUUCACACUUGUAACAGAUUGUGCUAUAGUUGUUGUACUGUUCACAAUGGCAACUAAACAUAAACACAUUAUUCUCAAUGUUUCCGAUAAACUUAAAAUAAUAGAUCAGUUGAAAAGUAGUGCUAGUAGAUCAAGCUUAGCUUGGGAAUAUGGAGUUGGAAAAAUUACAAUAACAGUGAUGCCAUUAAAAAAUUUGCGAGUGUACUUGACAGUGAAGAAGGAAACUUGCACAGAAAAACAAUGAAAAUGGCAGAAAACAAGGAUUUGGACACUGCAGUUUACACUUGGUUCAUGCAGGUACGUAGCCAAGGACAACCAAUAAGUGGCCCUUUGAUUUGUGAAAAAGCUCUUCAAAUGAACAAGAAAUUAGGGGGUAAUGCUGAUUUUCAAGCGAGUACCGGCUGGCUUAUGUGUUUCAAAUCUAGGCAUGGAAUUAGGGAAUUGGACAUCCAGGAUGAAAAAUUUUUGGCUGAUACUGAAUCAGCUGAACGUUUGAAAAAGUCUUUUAAAAACAUGAUUGAUAAGGAUGGUUACAAAAAAACCAAUGUCUACAAUGCAGAUGAAACUGGUUUGUACUGGAAGAAAAUGCCAACAAAAACCCUAGUUUCUAAGAAUGAAAUGUCAGCACCUGGUUUUAAGGCAAGAAAAUCAUGCAUUACUGUUAUGGUAUGUGGAAAUAUUACUGGAACGCACAGGCUACCUUUGCUAAUAGUAGGAAAGUCUAAAAAUCCACGGUGCUUUAAGGGAAUAAAAAAAUUGCCAGUCAUCUACAAAAAUCAAAAGAAUUCAUGGAUGGAUGCAAGCAUUUUUAUAGAAUGGUAUGACAAUGUAUUUAUCCCUGAAGUCAAAAAGCAUCAGCUUAGAACUGGGAAUACUGGAAAGGUUUUGUUGUUGAUUGAUAAUGCCCCAAGUCAUCCCUCAAACAUUUUACUGGAAAGAGAAAACGGAAAGUUUAAAAUUGUAUUCUUGCCUCCCAACAUUACUUCCAUCCUCCAACCGAUGGACCAAGGGGUCAUUGAAAGCUUCAAAUGAAAUUACAGAAAGGCAUUGCUGCGUAUGUUAA